CACUAGCUACUUAUACGCCACACAUUCUCUCUCCCGCUUAUACACACAAAACGCAAAGUUAAAGAGAGAGAACUAUGGACGGAUCAAAAUCUCCAAUGGUCGCAGAGAAGGCGUUGUUAGGGUCUCCGAUUGAUCUUGAGGCAGCAUUUGAUGCGAUUGGAGUUAAGCCGCGAGUACUAACGGGGUUGACUCGACGAGAGAUGGACUCACUGACAGCUUUUGCCGACACGCUCCUACCUUCUAUAAACUUUCCUGGAGGGGAUACUAAAGAAUCCACCACCACGUUCUACCAAACCUCAGCCUCUAUGCUCGGAACACCCGAAGUUGUGGGAGAGUACAUAGCCGUGAGGAUGCGACACGCGAUGCGAGGACUACUUCGCAUAGCUCUAUGGUUAUUAUCUACAUGGUAUGGGACAUUUAUCUUCUGCGGGACAAAGAGUUUAUCUUGGAAACCCCCCUUCUUUCUCAAACUCUCCGAAAUUGAUCCCCAACGUCGGGAGGAGAUCCUAGUAUCGUGGGCGACGCACUGGCUUUCGUUCUAUAGAAUGCUCUUUCGAGGCCUCAAACAAAUGGUCCUCGUCUUCUAUUUCACCCAGGUAAAUGAAAAGAAUGAGAACCCAACGUGGAAAGCAAUAGGCUACUGCGGACCCGACCCGAGCUACUCUGACCACCUCAAGUCCACCCCAGACAACCAACCACCAUCAACAACGGGACCCCUUCAACGAGCCCUAGUCUACAUGCAAUCCUCAAGGGACGCUCUCUCCUCAGCCCUCUCUCAGGCGGGCCUCUCCUUAACAACCCCACCCCACCCCAAAAAGGCCCACGAAAAGCCCACCUUAACCAUCAAAUGUGAUGCCGUCAUCGUUGGCUCUGGCUCCGGAGGCGGAGUCGUUGCUGGCGUCCUCGCGCAGGCAGGCUACAAAGUCCUCGAAAAAGGGCGCUAGAACGCCGUCGCAACAGGCUCUCACUCUUCUUGCGAAGCCGACGCGCCCUCAACAAUGUACGAAUACAACGGCCUUCUCGCCUCCGACGACACCGGCGUCGUAAUCCUGACCGCCUCCACCGUCGGCGGUGGAUCCGCGAUCAACUGGGCCGCGUCGAUCCGCACGCCAGACCACGUGAUAUCCGAGUGGCGGAACGAGUGUGGCGUUGAAUUAUUCGGCAGCGAUGCCUAUGCGCAAGCGCUCGACUGCGUGUGCGAGAGGAUGGGGGUUCAGAACGAGGUGGACGAGGACAACCUCAACAAUUCGGUGUUGCGUCGAGGAUGUCAAGAAUUGGGCUAUCCUGUCAAGAACAACGGUGUUGUACUGCCCGGUUGCACGGCCACCAAAAUCUUGUACUCCGACAUGAAACGGAAGCGAAAUGUUGCUACGGGAGUCGCGUUCGAGUAUGAAAACGGAUGGUCAGGCAAGAAAGAAACCUGCAUCGUUGAAUCGAAAGUCACUGUCGUCGCUUGCGGUGCACUCAGGACGCCUGUGCUUCUCAAAAACAGCGGGCUUAAAAACCCAAACAUAGGGAAGAAUUUGCACCUGCAUCCUGUGGUUAUGGUAUGGGGCCAUUUUCCUACCGAGAACAAGAACAGCUACGAGGGAGGAAUAAUGACGGCCAUGUCGCCUGUCGUCUACAAAUCCGCUGCAAGCGGCUACGGUGCUAUCAUCCAAACGCCGCAUCUACAUCCGGGAAUGUUCUCCGCAUUGACGCCAUGGACGUCCAGUCUUGAUUUCAAGAAUCGGAUGACAAAGUUUGCAAACACUGCGCACAUUUUCGCGCUAGCCAGAGACAAAUCCUGCGGCAGUAUCGACUCCUCAGGGUCGAUAACCUACAAAAUGAACGGGUUCGACGAAGAGAAUUUGAAAAGGGGGAUUGAGAAAAUGCUGAGGAUAGUGACGGCGGCAGGGGCGAAGGGGCGAGAGAUAGGGACUCACCAUUGCAAAGGGGAUAGGCUUGAUGUGAAGAGAGCAAGCUCGCAUGAGUUCGAGAAGUUCGUGAAGAAGGUGGGCGAUAGAGGGCUUAGGGAUUUUUCGACGCCGAUAUGCUCGGCGCAUCAGAUGGGGAGCUGUAGAAUGGGGGUGAGUCCAGCGACGUCUGCGGUGAGCCAGAGCGGGGAGACGUGGGAGGUGGAGGGGUUGUACGUGGCAGAUGCAAGCGUGUUUCCAACGGCUCUUGGAGUGAAUCCGAUGGUGACGGUGCAGGCUAUUGCUUACUGUACGGCGCAGAGGAUUGUAGAGGAGCUCAGAAGGAAGAUUAGGAGGAAGGAGAACAAGGGAAAUAAGAAUUGAAGCCGAGGUAUGAGGAAAUCGAGUAAUCGUUGAUGAUUUACGAUAAGAUAUAUAUACCGUCGUAUGUGCAAGAAGCGUAGGAUCUCUGCUUUAUCUUUAUCUUGUAUCGUUAAAAUAAUCAUAUCUUGUGUUCCCUAAUUGUAGCGGUUUUCUUUGCUGUUUGCUUGUCAUAUUAUAAGUUGCUGGAUUCAGAUAUUGUUGAA